GCCAAAUCUGGAAUUCUUGACUCACUUUCAACUCGGCGAUUCUGUGCAUUUCAGAGCUUCAGACGGCGAGGAAGAUGCGGUGGUACUUCGUCGCCACGCUUCUCACCAUUCUCACAAGUUCUCAGGGAAUAUUAACAACACUCUCACAGAGCAAUGGAGGGUAUAAGUAUGAUUAUGCAACUGUCCCGUUUCUUGCUGAGGUUUUUAAGCUUGCAGUAUCAAGUCUGUUACUGCGGAAGGAAUUCCACAAGUCACCUAUGCCAAAAAUGACUAUGGACUGGAAGAGUGUGGCUUUAUACAUUGUCCCAUCUAUUAUAUAUCUAAUUCACAACAACGUUCAAUUUGCUACCCUUACUUACGUGGAUACAUCAACAUAUCAGAUAAUGGGCAAUCUAAAGAUUGUUACUACUGGAAUACUAUUCAGGUUGCUCUUAGGAAGGAGGCUUUCAAACCUGCAGUGGAUGGCAAUUGUAUUACUGGCUGUUGGGACAACCACAAGUCAGGUCAGGGGCUGUGGAGAGGCUUCAUGUGACUCCCUUUUAUCGGCACCAAUUCAAGGAUACGUGUUAGGAGUUCUAUCUGCUUGUCUUUCUGCAUUGGCUGGUGUUUACACUGAGUUCUUGAUGAAGAAAAACAAUGACAGCUUAUACUGGCAGAAUGUACAGAUGUACACGUUUGGUGCUAUUUUUAAUAUGGCAAGGCUUCUUAUGGAUGAUUUCAGAGGUGGAUUUGAAAAUGGACCAUUUUGGCAACGUAUUUUCAAUGGUUAUACUAUUACUACCUGGAUGGUAGUAUUGAACCUAGGGUCUACUGGUCUUUUGGUUUCAUGGUUAAUGAAAUUUGCUGAUAAUAUUGUGAAGGUUUAUGCGACAUCUAUGGCGAUGCUCCUUACAAUGGUACUAUCAAUAUUCCUCUUCAAUUUCAAGCCUACAUUGCAGCUCUUCUUGGGCAUUAUUAUUUGUAUGAUGUCUUUACACAUGUAUUUUGCCCCGCCCAAUAUGCUCGUAGACAUGCCAUUAACAGUAAAGUCAGAUGAAGAAGAGAAGCGCAUUGAAGUUACUGUUGAUCAAAGAUCACAUUCAUGAUGUCAAGUCUCCGUUGACAUUCAAGAUGCAUAAUUCUGUUGAUAACAGGUCGCAUUGCCAGUUCAGGGAGACAAUGUCAUAGCACUCUCUCAUCCGAAUUCUUAUCCCAGUCUCUCACAUCUUGAUCUUGAUGAUGAAUUUUGUAGGAAGCCUUGUAUAAUAGGGACAACUAGCUUUGGGAGCUGUAUACACGUUUUAAUACUUCCUUUUGGCUUUGCUGGGAUUCUCAUAAUCAAUUCUUACCGAGUUUCUCCAACGAGGCCUGUUUAAAUUCACUUAUUUUAUAGCAUCAUUUCACAGUA